CACCAAUUGAACAGAGCCAACAGUUCGACAGUUAAGUUGCUGUCAGUUGCUAGCCUGCUCCAAACCAAACCGGUCGAACCUCCCCUGAACCUCAGUGUUAAGGCUAAACUUCAGUUCUAGCAACAGGCAGCAAGAGUCUAAAUCGAAAUGUCAGACAUAGCCAAAAUCGAUAUCGAUCAGCCCAAAUAUGAACAGAGCACUUAUGUGAAUCGUGCCAAACAUUUUUUCCUUCUGACAAAUCCCCUCAAUUUGUUGGCCUCAAGUGAUGAGCUGGAACGUGCUAAACGUAUUGUUACCGAUUACAGAGCUGGCAAACCUGUGCCAGAUGUGAAAGAUGUCGAAGAUUUAUGGAGAGCCAAAUACCUGUAUGACUCCGCCUUCCAUCCCGAAACGGGGGAAAAGUCCUUAAUUAUCGGUCGCAUGUCUGCCCAAGUGCCCAUGAAUACAUUGAUAACAGGAUGCAUGCUUUCUUUCUACAAAACAACACCGGCUGUGGUUUUCUGGCAAUGGGUGAAUCAAACAUUCAACGCUGUUGUAAACUAUACAAAUCGUUCGGGUUCAACACCCAUCUCUAAAGAGCAAUUGGUGACGUCAUAUAUUUUGGCUACUGGUGGUGCUCUGACAACAGCUUUAUCCCUUAAUAGAAUAGUUAAGAAUUUAAAUCCUUUAAUUGGCCGUUUGGUACCCCUCGCCGCUGUGGCUGCCGCCAAUUGCAUCAAUGUCCCUAUGAUGCGUUUGCAAGAAUUGAAGAAUGGUGUCACUCUUUUGGAUGAACAAAAUAACGAAAUGGGCAUAUCAAAGAAGGCUGCAGCGGUGGGCAUUACUGCUGUUGUCGCCAGUAGAAUAGCAAUGGCAACACCAGGCAUGGUACUCACACCAUUGCUGAUCAACAAAUUGGAGAAGGGUGGUUUCUUAAAACGUUUCCCCAAGGCUAGUGCUCCCAUCCAAACCCUGUUCUGUGGAUUUGUCCUAAUCUUUGCCACUCCCAUGGGUUGUGCAUUCUUCAGUCAAAGGGCAGCCAUUAAUGUUGAGAGUUUAGAACCUGAAGUUAAGGAGGAAAUUAAGAAGAAGAAUCCUGCUCUAACCGAAGUAUGGUUCAAUAAGGGAUUGUAAAGCCCUACAGCACAGCAAGAGGAUACUGCAGCGGCUUCCAAAAAACAAAAGAAUUUGAAAAGAGCUUAGCAAACUUUACAAAAAAAAAAAAACAAAUCUGUUCAACCCAAUAAUGUGUUUGACAAUAACUUAAAAACCCCACAACAGCAACAACAACUUACAGCAUACUUUUCAAAUUGCUUUCUUUAGUUCAUCUUAGAUAGUAAAGUCGCCAAUUUCUAGGCUGGUGAAUAUCAAUGUCUUGUUUGUAGUUACCAAUAUGCACACAACGGUCAGUGUUCACAACCCCAUUGCAUUUAUUUUAUGUGUGUGUGUAUGUGUGUUCGAGUGUCAAUUAAUGUUCUUUUUGUUUGAACUCAUCCAUCUAUACUUUAAAAAUAAAUUAAGGUCAAAAACUAGGAUUUGAAUUCUUCAAUACAAAAUAAAUACGUAAACAUGAAUGUAUGUGCAUUUGUUUAUAUGCACAAAAUAAACAUAUUUUGAAAAAAUUACCUUCGAUCCUAACUUUUUAGAUGCGCAUCAAUUGAAAAUACAUAUAAACUUGACGCACAUCUGAAUGGAGUCUUUUAAGGUGACUCGUAAUACACAAAUUAUUUUAAAUAUUCAAUAAUUAAUUAAAAGCUGAACUUUUUCACUUCCUAAGUUACAAAAGAAUACAUUACGUAAGCACACAUACUUUUCGUUAAAAAAAAUGUUUAUUCUGUUAUUAUGUUUAUUACUCCAAUAAAUGAAAGAGUUUAAAACUGUA